AUGUCUGAAAAGUCCUGCAAGAACGACCACGAGCUCGGCGUGCACGCGGACCCCGUGCCAGACGGCCAGGAUGCCAUCUACCGCCCGGAGGUCGACACUUCGGGCGUGGAUCAGAAGAAGCUCAUGAGGAGGAUCGACAUGCACGUCGUCCCGUGGCUGGGAGUUCUAUACCUGCUCAACUUCCUCGACCGAGGAAGUAUCGGGAAUGCGAAGCUCUAUAACCUUGAGAAGGACAUCGGGAUUACGGACAGGCAAUACCUCAUUGCGCUUACCGUCUUCUUCUUCCCUUACUCCCUACUCGAGCCUCCGAGUAACGUAGCCCUCAAGAAGCUUCGUCCCUCAAGAUGGCUGUCCUUCCUGAUGCUGGGAUGGGGAAUCGUCAUGACCUUGCACGGUGUCAUGCAUGAUUAUGCCGACCUUUUGACUCUGCGAUUCUUCCUGGGUUUCUUCGAAGCCGGGUUGUAUCCAGGCAUCGUAUUCUACAUCUCAUGUUGGUACAAGCGCUCCGAACUUGGUUCGCGCGUAGCCGUUUUCUUCUCAUCAGCAACCGUAGCCGGAGCCUUCAGCGGCCUCCUCGCCGCGGGCAUCCAGAACAUGCACGGCGUCGGCGGCAAGCCCGGCUGGGCGUGGAUCUUCAUCCUCGAGGGCCUCUUCACUGUCCUCUGCGCCGUCGCGUCCUUCUGGAUCAUCCAGGACUUCCCCGACACCGCCAAAUUCCUCUCCGAGCCCGAGCGCGUAUGGGUUGUCCGCCGCCUCCAGGAGGACCAGCAGUUCAGCGCAGGCGGGGAGAAGUUCCAGUUGCGGUAUGUGUGGGAUAGCUUGAAGGAUGUGAAGACGUGGUUGGCUAUGGGCAUUUAUGCUGGCUUCGACGGGCCUCUGUUUGCCUUCUCUUUGUUCACGCCGACUAUCAUCAACCAGUUAGGGUACACGGCGACCAUCGCGAACCUCCUCUCUGUCCCCGUAUAUGCAUGGGCAUGUCUGGUCACCGUCGUAGUCGGCUUCUGGGGCGACCGCAUAGGCCACAGGGGUGUCCUCAACCUAGUCCUCUUCGGCACGGGUCUGGUCAGCUAUGUCAUCCUGAUAGCGUCCAGGAACCCGUCCCUGUCGUACUUUGCAGUGUACCUGGGCGCCUCUGCCAUCUAUCCAACGAUCCCCAACUCGGUCGCGUGGGUGUCGAGUAAUACGGAAGGGUCUUACAAGCGCAGCGUUACCUUGGGCAUGGCUAUCGGGUUCGGGAAUCUCAACGGCGCCGUCUCCUCCAAUGUGUACCGCGCCGUCGACAAGCCCUGGUACAGCCUCGGGCACGGGAUCAUCCUCGCGUACCUCGCCAUCGGCUGGCUGUCCUCCCUCGCCCUCCUGAUCUACGUGCGGCGCGAGAACGCGCGCAAGGCCGCAGGAGCGCGCGACGAGGUGAUCGAAGGCGUGGACAACAAGCUCGCGCAUCCGCGGAAUGGGACGUUCGCGAGUGUGGACGAGGCGAGGCGCGAGAGGGGGGAUCGGUGGAGCGGGUUUAGGUAUACGUUAUAGUGGGCGCUGGUGUUGUUGUACGUGUACAUAUAGUUAUGGGUGCGUAAAAGUACGGGCAUUAUUUAAACCUAUGUUUGC